CAUUAUUUCCAUACUCAGAUCUCUGUCCUUCAGUCUCUCUGCACGGGCUCGUGGACAUCACCUCUCGUCCUCACAUCUCCUCAUCUCUCCAUGGCUCAGUGAAUGAGACAUGCUCGCUUUUGCUUUAGUUGCUGGCUCUGUCUGGGUUGUACUAGAGCUCAGUUCCACUCUUAUGGAGAAAAUGCAGUCACAGGAUUCACUGCUGGGUCUUCAGUUGCCAGAACUGGACGAGCUGAGUCACUUCAUAAGAUCUCUUCCCACUUCUGCGCUGGUCGGCCUGGGUGCCAUCACUGCCGUUCUAGCCUACUGGUUCACAACUCGUCCUCGUGCCAUUACUCCACCCUGUGACCUCCGUCAUCAGUCACAGGAAGUCGAGGAAGAUGGAGCUCGCAGGUCCAUGAUGGGUAGCAGCUCAACGCUGUUGCCUUACUACCAUGAAGAUGCCAAGACAAUGUAUGAGGUCUUUCAGCGAGGGCUACACAUAACUGGUGAUGGACCAUUUUUAGGCUCCAGACUCCCCAGUCAGCCUUAUAAAUGGCUGUCCUACAAAGAGGUCUUCAGCAGGGCGGAGCACCUGGGUUCUGGUUUGUUGUCUCAGGGUUGUCAGCCCAAUACUGAUCAGUUCAUUGGUGUGUUUGCACAAAACAGGCCAGAGUGGAUCAUAUCAGAGCUAGCAUGCUACUCGUAUUCAAUGGUGGUGGUGCCACUUUAUGAUACUCUAGGACCCGACGCUAUACGAUACAUCAUUAAUACAGCUGAAAUCGCCACAGUGAUCUGUGACAAAGCGGAGAAAGCCAAAGUGCUUUUGGAAAAUGUUGAGAGAGGAGAAACGGCAGGUCUUAAGACCAUAAUCCUAAUGGAUGCUUUUGACCUCCAGCUCGUGGAGAAAGGACAGAGAUGUGGAGUUCAUAUCCAGGCCCUUAAAGAUCUUGAGGCUGUGGGUAAAGAAAAAUACAGGAAGCCUGUGCCUCCUGAACCGGAUGAUCUUUCCAUCGUGUGCUUUACCAGCGGCACCACAGGAAAUCCAAAGGGAGUGAUGCUGACCCACGGGAAUGUCGUCGCCGACUUUGCUGGCUUUUUGAAAGUGACGGAUAAAGUCAUCUUUCCGAACCAAGACGACGUUCUCAUUUCCUUCCUGCCUCUGGCUCACAUGUUUGAGAGGUUGAUAGAGUCAGUAGUCAUCUGCCACGGUGGGAGGAUCGGCUUUUUCCAGGGGGAUAUCCGUCUUCUUCCCGAUGAUAUGCAGGCUCUCAGACCCACAAUUUUCCCUGUCGUGCCUCGUCUCCUAAACCGCAUGUAUGACAAGAUCUUCAGUCAGGCAAACAACUCUGUGAAACGCUGGCUGCUGAACUUUGCCGCCAAGAGAAAAGGAGCAGAGGUGAGCCGUGGUGUCAUCCGCAGCGACAGUAUAUGGGACAAGAUCUUCUUCCAUAAGAUCCAGGCCAGUCUGGGUGGCAGGUUACGUAUGAUCAUUACAGGGGCGGCCCCGGCCUCUCCGACGGUUCUGGGCUUUCUGAGAGCUGCUCUUGGCUGUCAGGUCUAUGAGGCAUACGGUCAGACAGAAUGCACAGCUGGAUGCACCUUUACCACCCCUGGGGAUUGGACAUCUGGUCACGUUGGAGCACCACUGCCAUGUAAUCUCAUUAAACUGGUGGACGUGGCCGAGAAGAACUACUUUGCUGCUAAAGGAGAAGGAGAGAUUUGUGUGAAAGGUCCAAACGUCUUCAAGGGUUAUUUGAAAGACCCCGUGAAGACCGCCGAGACCCUGGACGCAGACGGAUGGCUUCAUACAGGAGAUAUUGGAAAGUGGUUACCGAAUGGCACAUUGAGCAUCAUUGACAGAAAGAAGCACAUCUUUAAAUUAGCUCAAGGUGAAUACAUUUCUCCAGAGAAAAUCGAAAACAUCUACAUCCGAAGUGAACCUGUGUCUCAGCUCUACGUCCAUGGUGACAGUCUACAGUCGUGUCUGGUUGGAAUCGUCGUACCUGAUCAAGAGGUGUUACCCUCAUGGGCUCAGAAAAAAGGCUUUGGGGGCUGUUUUGACGAACUGUGUGAAAAUCAAGGAAUAAAGCAGGCGAUCUUAGAUGAUAUGGUGCGUUUGGGAAAAAACAGUGGCCUCCAUUCAUUUGAGCAGGUUAAAGACAUCCACAUUCAUAAAGAACUGUUCUCCAUACAAAACGGAUUGCUGACCCCCACUUUAAAGGCCAAGAGACCGGAGCUGAAGGAAUAUUUCAAGACAGAAAUCGAACAACUGUACAGCAACAUUUCCAUGUAACUGUACUGUCACCAGAAGACGAGGACAUUUUACUGACAUUCAUUACCUUUUUGUUCUUCUUCAUUCAGAAAAUUAGCUGGCACAAAAUACUGAAAACGGGCCACCGGCGUCAGGGCAAAGCAUGAGCUUAUACUGGCUAAAAGAGUCAUUUAAGAGUAAAUCCUCCUUUGGCUGUGAAUGUCAACAGUCGGUGCGCCUUUAGAAAUGUGGCAGCGCUACAACCAAAUUAGUCCUCCUCAUGAGACUGAAGCAGUUCGAGCAUGCGUGCUUCAUUGUUUUCUUUUUCACCGGACCAAGGAGGGCAAAAUUAUUUCACCCCUUGACAGUACAUGUCCGUUCUUGUGUUGGGUUUGUUUACGGGUUCAAAGGGAAUUUGGAUGGCAAACCCAGCACAUUUGAGCUAAAAGCAAUGCAUGAUGUAUACCCAGCAUUUCACGAGGCUGUGUCUCACAGGUUCGUACUCCAGGACAUCAGUAGACCUUUACACACACACACACACACACACACACACACACACACACACACACACACACACACACACACUAUAGUUACGUUAUAAUGCUCUGUGUAGUAAAGGUGUCUACAAUUGUGGCUCACAUGAUCCAAAAGUGAGCAUGCCAUACGAUUUUCGGCUGACAAAUAAACUAGCUUUUCCAUUUCAUUUCAUCCAAAGUAUUUCAAUAGUAGUGUACAUUCUGAAGAACAAUAGACGUGGAAAUAUUUAAGCAAUGGUUUGCAGUGUAGAAAACCCAAUAACAUUUAAAACUGUUCUUGAAUGAUAUCAGAACUUUAUCUUUGUAUUUAUUGAAGGGAUAUGGAUGAAAAUAGAUCAUAAAACAAUCUGCAGAGAAUUUAAUUUAUUCAUUUUAAUCAUUUCAGAUUACAUAUAGCACGUUCAGGCCUUUUCCACCUUCCUGUUUGGUUUAUAUUAAAGUAUUGGACUUUAUUGUACUGUUUACUUGCAGGUUAUAAAAAAAUUUAUCGACUUGACAGAUAAUUGGUUGAGCUAUCAGGUAUAUUUCGGUAUUAAUUUAUUAUAAUUAAAGAUUAAACUUCAUUUAGAUGCACCAAGCUCCAGUUUUUCCUCACAAUUUUUACCACCAUUUUAUGUUUUGGUUUUUUGAAGGUUUACUUGAAUCUUUUCCUGAAGUCUUUCAUGUGCAUGUACAUCUCUGCAUAUUCACCAGUCCAAGAUAGUGAUGAGUGUGUGCAAAACUGUAAAAAUAAAGGAUUCUUUGUAAUUCUUUUGGUUGUG